AUGUCGAAUGCUGUAUAUGAACUCUUAACAUUGGACAAUGUUGUUUUUAAAGAAUAUUUAUUUUGGAGUGCAGUUUUAAUAUUAAAGAUGCUUAUAAUGUCUCCAAUGACAGGUUUUCAUCGAUUCCGUACACAGACUUUUGCUAAUCCAGAAGAUUUGUUAUCCAAAAAACUGAAAGUUAAAUUUGAUGAUCCGCAUGUAGAACGUGUACGCAGAGCUCAUCGUAAUGACUUGGAGAAUAUUUUACCCUUUUUCGCUAUCGGAUUCUUCUAUGUGCUUAUAAAUCCAUCAGUUUUCCUAGCUUGCAAUCUAUUCCGUUUAUUCGCAAUUGCACGCAUUGUGCAUACGUUUGUGUAUGCAGUAGUUGUCAUCCCUCAACCUGCCCGAUUUUUAGCUUUUGGUGCGGGUCUUUUACCCUCUCUUUAUAUGGGACUUCAAGUUUUAUUAGCUACUUUUUAAUAUAGUCUUUAAAUAUAUAUAAUGAGUUCUGUAAUUUUUAGGGAUUAAAUUGGUGAAUUACAUCUAAUGUAAUUAAAUUAUGAUUCGGUACCAGAAACGUCUUUUAUUUAUAUGUUA